AUGCAACGGCGAUUGGCAGAGGAAGUAACUCCGUACGAGCCCUGCGCCAUGCGCUACAUGGACUACUCUCCAUGCGAGGAUCCCAACCGCGCGAAGAGAUUCAUUAAAGCUAACCUGGCGCAUCGCGAACGACACUGCCCGAAGAGCUCGGAGCAGCUGAACUGCCUCAUCCCGCCGCCCGUCGGGUACAAGCGCCCGCUCCCCUGGCCGCAGAGCCGUGACGAGGCGUGGUACGUGAACGUGCCGCACAAGCAGUUGACAACGGCGAAGGCGGACCAGAACUGGAUCCGGUACGACGAGCAGACAGAGAAGUUUUCGUUCCCUGGCGGCGGCACAAUGUUCCACAAAGGCGCGGAUCAUUACCUGGAAGAGCUGGGCAAGCUCAUUCCGCUCACUGAUGGCUCCAUUCGCACGGCGCUCGACACCGGAUGCGGGGUGGGGAGCUUCGGCGCGUAUCUACUGAGCCGCGGCGUGCUGACCAUGUCGCUGGCGCCGCGCGACGGGCACGAGGCGCAGGUGCAGUUCGCGCUGGAGCGAGGCCUGCCCGCGAUGAUCGGCGUGCUGGCCACCAAGCGCCUGCCGUACCCCGCACGCUCCUUCGAUAUGGCGCACUGCUCGCGUUGCCUCAUCCCCUGGUGGAACGAAGACGGGCGCCUUCUGGCGGAGAUCGACCGCGUGCUGCGCCCUGGCGGGUUCUGGGUGCUGACGGGGCCGCCCAUCGACUGGCAGCACUACGCGCGCGGGUGGAACCGCACCAAGGAGGACCUGUCGGCGGAGCAGGACCGGCUGGAGGCCGUUGGGGAGAAGAUGUGCUGGCGCAAGUACAAGCAGGCGGGCAUGUUCGCGAUAUGGCAGAAGCCCCUGGACGGCGCGUGCCAGAAGAGCCGCGGAGACGCGAGCCCGCCCAUGUGUCCCGCGGACCAGGAUGCGGACCUGUCGUGGUACACGCCCAUGGAGACGUGUCUGACUCCUGUGCCCGCAGCAGACAGCAACGGGGUGGCGGGCGGCAGCGUGGACAAGUGGCCCGCCCGGCUCACUGCCACGCCGCCCCAGGAGGAGGCGCAGGAGAGUGCGGAGGAGGUUGCAGAGGGGGCGGAGGAGGAGCAGGGGGGCAGCGGAGAUGAUAAGGAGGAAGGGGGUGAGGAGGAGAAGGAGGGGGUAAGUGAGGAGGAGAGCACAGAGGGUGAGGAGGAGAGCAAGGGGGCAAGCGAAGAGGAGAGCAAAGAGGGGGGCGAGGAGGAGAGCAAGGAAACAAGCGAGGAGGAGGCAGAUGAGGAGAGGGCAGAGCGGGCACAGGAGGAGAGUGGUGGUGGUGCUGCUGUUGCGAUCAGAGAGGAGAGCAGCGAGGAAGAGGAAGGCAGUGAUGGCAAGGCUGAGGAGGAGGGUGAGGAGACAAGCGAGGAGAGCAGUGGGGGCACUGCAGAGGGCGGCGAAGAGGCAGACAGUGAGGAAGGCGGUGAUGCAGGCGGAGAGGACGUGCAAAGGCGGCGGCUGCAGGGGGCGAGCGAGAGCGGGGUUGUGGUGGAGGAUCUGACAGUGGAGGACUUUGCUGCGGACUCUGACAAGUGGAGGCAGCGCGUGCGCUGGUACAAGCGCGCACUUCUUCCAGACCUAGGGCAGGAGAAGGGGCAGUAUAGAAACAUCAUGGACAUGAGCGCAGGCAUGGGCGGGUUUGCGGCCGCCCUGGGGCAUGAUCCUGUUUGGGUGAUGAACGUGGUGCCUGUGGACCGAGGGGACGCUGUGGGCGGGGAUGCUGAGGGCGUGGAGGCACCGGCGCAUGUGUCGUUUGGUGCUGCUAACACCCUCGGGGUUAUCUAUGACCGAGGGCUGCUGGGAACGUACCAAGACUGGUGUGAGGCGUUCUCCACGUACCCCCGCACCUAUGACCUCGUCCAUGCCGACGAGCUCUUCUCCCAGUGGACUAGCAGGCCGUGCCCAGUGGAGCAGGUGCUGCUGGAGGUGGACCGCAUCCUGCGCCCUGAGGGAGUGGUGCUCAUCCGCGAUGACAUUGCCACGCUGCGCCGCAUCAAGCGCAUUGCGCCUGCACUGCGCUGGGACGCACGCAUUGAGCGUCCCGGGAAGGAAGAUUCAGUGGGCAAGGACGGCGACGAGGAGGUGGUGCUGGUGUGCACUAAGAAGUAUUGGACGUCUGGAGCGUACGAGCUUCUGUCGAUCCUAGUUUUCGCUUGCGUCUUUCCGGCACUCCGUUUCAUUCUGGACAGAUUCGUCUUUGAGAAAGUGGGCCGACGGUACAUUCUUAGCAGAGGGGACUGGAGUCAGGGCAAUGGAACAGCCACAGCCCUUGAGAAGUCGGAGAAACAAGCAUUGCUAAAGACCCACAUUAAGUUCAAAGAAUCAUGCUGGAAGUGCAUGUACUACAUAUCCGCCGAGAUAUUUUCUGUGCUUAUAACCCUGGGCGAGCCCUGGAUGGAAGAUACCAGGCACUUCUGGGUGGGCCCUGGGGAUCAGAAGUGGCCCGACCAAAUGAUGAAGUUGAAGUUAAAAGCGUUGUUUAAUUACGUCGGAGGAUUCUACACGUACAGCGUUUUUGCGCUCAUAUUUUGGGAAACAAGACGGAAGGACUUUGGCGUGAGCAUGACUCAUCACGUGACUUGCGUAAUCCUUGUCAUUACCGCCUACGUAUUCAGGUUCGGCCGUGUCUGUUCCUUGAUGGUUGCGAUCCAUGAUGCCAGCGACAUUUUCCUCGAGCUUGCUAAGCUGAGCAAGUACAUUGAAUUUGAAACAAGCGCGACCAUCAACUUUCUUAUCUUUGCGGCAUCUUGGGCAUGGUUGAGGCUCUGGUGGUAUCCUCGGUACAUCAUCUACAGUUCAAGCUACCAGGUGGUUCAGCUACUGGACAAGAUGGACCACGUGGACCAUGGCCCGAAGACUUACUACUUCUUUAACUUCAUUCUCGUUCUCCUGCUAGUACUUCACGUGUACUGGUGGAUACUUAUUGCAAAAGUUAUUAUCAGGCAGUUUGGAUCAGGAGAAGUGGAAGAUGGCAGAUCUGAUGAUGACGAAGACGACGACUAG